AUGCCCUCUACCAGGAUCCCUACGGACAAUGGGCCCACUGCUGCCUGCACUGUCCUGUCCCCAGGGUCACAUGCUGCUGUGAGGGGCAGCUAGUGGCACAGAGAACGCAGUCUUCUUCCCUACCCAUCUGUAAGGGCCUCAGGGGUGACUGCCCCAUCAAAGACCUGUAUGAUGUGUGACUCCCUUCAUCAUGGACAGAUGCCUGAUGAUCUUCCUAAUGGACUGAUCAGUGCAUACAUGGCACCUGUCCCUAACCCGAAAUCUAUAUCCACAGAGAGAGAGAGAAUCAAAGAGGGAUGUGGAGAUGAGGAUAGUGCAUCUCCAUCUCUCGGUCCUCAGCCCCACCCCAGGCCCGCAUGUGUCCAGACAGGGGUGGUCAGCUCAGCUGGGGAGCGUCCCUGGCUCCUGGCUCUAUUCUGGGGCGGCAGCCCUCCUUUCUCUAGCCAUAAACCCCCACUAUUGUCUGUGGAGGCAGGAAUGAGCCCACUCAGCUCUGCCUAAAGCCAGGCACCAGCCAGCCAGUCCACCCUGCCCCUCACUCACCCCAAACUGCCCACUCAGCUCAGUGUGUGUGCGCCUACAUCAGUCUAUCACCCUAUCAAACAGCACCCAUGAUAGACAGACUGUUUGCUCAGUGCUGCCCUCGUCUGUCUGAUCCAGACAAAUACAUGUGUUUGGCUCUGUGUAUGACAUCACCACCUGCAGACAGUCAAACCUGUUUGAGUGUCUCUGCUGUGUGUGUGCUGAACGUUAGGAGCUCAUAAACCAGAACUGGUCUGUUUGUCUGAGAGUCCUGGCUGGGAUACCAGUGAAGUCACUCCUCACAUGCUAAUCAGCUUGUAAAAAAAGAUCUACAUGAUUCAAAUGCCAGACACUGUGCAUAAACACGAGCUUAGGGGACACUUUGAGUGUUUGGAAGCUUCCAUUCACACGAACAACCACACAUGUGCACACAACAAGUAGAUACACUAGUGUACACUAGUCUUUUUUUAUUUAUUUUUUAACCCCUUUUUCGUGGUAUCCAAUUGGUAGUUACAGUCUUGUCCCAUCGCUGCAACUCCCGUACCUACACAGGAGAGGCAAAGUUCGAGAGCCGUGCGUCCUCCUAAACACAACCCAACUGAGCCGCACUGCUUCUUGACACAGUGCCCGCUUAACCCGGAAUCCAGCCGCACCAAUAUGUUGGAGGAAACAACGUACACCUGGUGACUGUCAGCGUGCCCGGCCCGCCACAGGAGUCGCUAGUGCGUGAUGGGACAAGAACAUCCCUGCCGGCCAAACCCUACCCUAACCCGGACGAUGCUGGGCCAAUUGUGCGCCGCCCUAUGGGACUCCAGAGCCUGGACUCGAACCAGGAUCUCUAGUGGCACAGCCUUAGACCACUGCGCCACUCGGGAGGGUGCACACUAGUCUAAGGCGUCGUGGCUGUUUCCUCACCCAACUCCACCCUUCCUAUGGCGGCAGGUAGCUUAGUGGUUAAGAGCGUUGUGCCAGUAACCGAAAGGUCGCUGGUUCUAAUCCCCGAGCCGACUAGGUGAAAAAUCUGUCGAUGUGCCCUUGAGCAAGGCACUUAACCCUAAUUGCUCCUGUAAGUCGCUCUGGAUAAGAGCGUCUGCUAAAUAAUGUAAAUGUAAUACCUGUGUCAUUCUGGUUUCACGGAAAGAGGUGGACGUUGUGUGAACAGAUGUUAAGGUUGUCGUGGAGCUUUGUCCCCUGGGUAACAUUGUCUGUAUGGGCCUGGAUAUCAGUGUUGAUGUUGUUUUUCAUUGUCUUCACAGGACGAGGAGAACGGGAAUGGAAAGGGUAAGUUGCCCCCCCUCUCCCUCAGUCAACACCAUCACCACUAGACUCUGGUCUCUCGAUGAUGUCACCACCCCACUAGCCAGGGUCCCCCUCUAGUCUGUAGCUACACUGCUCCCCCUGCAGGAUCGAGCCUCCCCGCUGCUGCCGAUGGGCUGGUGGCCCCAAAACACUGGUCCUAGGACAGUUUGAUUCCUUAUCUUGUAAUGCUCACAGUUAAGAAAAGGGGGAAGGAAACUGAACCUGGACCUGUGCAUAGAGUUGUCCUUUUAUUGAGUCUCAAUUGGAUUAUUGGCAGUAUUUAUGUUCAUGUCAUGAUAUUGAUGCAUAUAGUAUAUUCCCACUAGGCACACACUGGUUGAAUCAAUGUUGUUUCCACGUCAUUUCAAUGAAAUUACGUUGAACCAACGUUGAAUAGACGAUGAAUUGAAGUCUGUGCCCAGUAGGCAAUGAUUAAUUAAUAGUUAUUAUCAGGUUCUAUUUAAUCAAUUGAAGAAUGAACUGACAGUAACAUACUGUAUGUUCCAUGUAGGGAGAAGUAGGUUGGAGCCAAUGGACACCAUAUUUGUCAAGAAUGUGAGAGAGAGAGGUCCCGCUCACCAGGCUGGCUUGUGUACAGGUAAGGACAAUAUGUGUGUGAAUGAGAAAGAGCGGGACGGGAGAAUGAGUGUGGGCAGAACAGUCUGAUUUGUAAUGGAAAUAACCUGAAGAGCAUCAGACAUGAUCACACAUAGAUGAUGAGAUCAGAGCGAGAGGGAAUCAGGUGCUUCCAAUGAUUCAACAAGGAUACUAACCAGACCAUGUUCAGCAAACACACACACAUUAAAGUUGCAUUACUGUCUUAGGAAAUUAGUAAUGAUACUGAUGAGAACAGAAUUACACAGACUGACAAAUACCCAGCAGUGUGAGUUAGAGCUAAUUAGAGAUAUUUUCCUGUUGUGUCUUGCAGGCUAAGCUGGGUAGCAUUCCUCUCCCUGCAGCCCAGCCAAGCUAAAUCAGUACUCCUAACAAAUAUAUACGCACACACACACACACAAACGUGCACCACCAAAACACAUCCACACACUAACACACAACGAAUGACUCAUCCCUUCUCCUGCCAUACACACAAACAGAUACAGGCAUUUUUCCUCAGGCUUAUGAUCCGGUAUGUCAACACACAAUAUACCCCGAGGCGACACCUUGUCCUUCCUGACUUCACAGCACCUAUUGCAAACACAUAGUUCUAUAUUUCCAUACACAGUCCCUAUCAAGCCCCCCUCUCAGCCAUAAACCACCCAUCCCCCAGCAGGAUGUGUGUGUCUGGGUCUGGGGUCUCCCUGACCUUCCCUCCCCUGACCUGACCCACCAGGAUAUCCCUCUGCUGGAGGCCUGUGUCUGGGGGGGGAGGUGGGUGUGACUGGGGUCAGUGAUGGGGGUGGUGGAGGGGUUGCUCUAGUGCGUGUGUGGAUCACUGAAUAUCUGUGCUGUGUUUGGUCCUACUGUGAUUUAAGUAUGUAUGCGUGUGUGUUGCAGGGGAUCGGCUGGUGAAGGUGAAUGGAGAGAGUGUCCUGGGGAAAACCUACUCCCAGGUGAUCGCCCUCAUACAGAACAGGUAAGUGCCACUGGACUGUGUGUGCCCACAGUAUGUACAGUACAAGUCAAAAGUUUGGAUACACCUACUCAUUCCAUGGUUUUAUUUAUCUUUACUAUUUUCUACAUUGUAGAAUAAUAGUGAAGACAUCAAAACUAUGAAAUAACACAUAUAGAAUCAUGGAGUAACCAAAAAAGUUUUAAACAAAUCAAAAUAUAUUUGAGAUUUGAGAUUCUUCAAAGUAGCCACCCUUUGCCUUGAUGAUAGCGUUGUACACUCUUGGCAUUCUCUCAACCAGCUUCGUGAGGAAUGCUUUUCCAACAGUCUUGAAGGAGUUCCCACAUAUGCUGAGCACUUAUUGGCUGCUUUCCCUUCACUCUGUGGUCCAACUCAUCCCAAACCAUCUCAAUUGAGUUGAGGUCGGGUGAUUGUGGAGGCCAGGUCAUCUGAUGCAGCACCCUUACACAGCCUGGAGGUGUGUCCAUUGCUCGUGUUUCUUGGCUCAAGCAGGUCUCUUCUUCUUAUUGGUGUCCUUUAGUACUGGUUUCUUUGUAGCAAUUCGACCAUGAAGGCCUGAUUCACGCAGUCUCCUCUGAACAGUUUUUUUUAUUUAUUUUUAUUUCACCUUUAUUUAACCAGGUAAACCAGUUGAGAACAAGUUCUCAUUUACAACUGCGACCUGGCCAAGAUAAAGCAAAGCAGUGCGAUAAAAACAACAACACAGAGUUACAUAUGGGGUAAAACAAAACAAAGUCAAAAAUACAACAGAAAUACAUAUAAUAUACAGUGUGCAAAUUUAGCAAGUUAUGGAGGUAAGGCAAUAAAAUAGGCUAUAGUGCAAAAUAAUUACAAUUAGUAUUAACACUGGAAUGAUAGAUGUGCAAGAGAUGAUGUGCAAAUAGAGAUACUGGGGUACAAAUGAGCAAAAUAAAUAACAAUAUAGGGAUGAGGUAGUUGGGUGGGCUAAUUUCAGAUGGGCUGUGUACAGGUGCAGUGAUCGGUAAGGUGCUCUGACAACUGAUGCUUAAAGUUAGUGAGGGAGAUAAGUGUCUCCAGCUUCAGAGAUUUUUGCAAUUUGUUCCAGUCAUUGGCAGCAGAGAACUGGAAGGAAUUGCGGCCAAAGGAGGUGUUGGCUUUGGGGAUGACCAGUUGAUGUUGAGAUGUGUCUGUUACUUGAACUCUGUGAAGCAUUUAUUUGGGCUGCAAUCUGAGGUGCAGUUAACUCUAAUGAACUUAUCCUCUGCAGCAGAGGUAACUCGUGAGAGCCAGUUUCAUCAUAGAGCUUGAUGGAUUUUGCGACUGCACUUGAAGAAACUUUCAAAGUUCUUGAAAUUUUCCGGAUUGAUUGACCUUCAUGUCUUAAAGUAAUGAUGGACUGUUGUUUCUCUUUGCUUAUUUGAGCUGUUCUUGCCAUAAUAUGGACUUGGUCUUUUACCAAAUAGGGCUAUCUUCUGUAUACCACCCCUACCUUGUCACAACACGACUCAUUGGCUCAAACGCAUUAAGAAGAAAAGAAAUUCCACAAAUUAACUUUUAACAAGGCACACCUGUUAAUUGAAAUGCAUUCCAGGUGACUAACCCAUGAAGCUGGUUGAGAGAAUGCCAAGAGUGUGCAAAGCUGUCAUCAAGGCAAAGGGUGGCUACUUUGAAGAAUCGAAAAUUGAAAGUAUAUUUUGAUUUGUUGAACAUGUUUUUGGUUACUACUUGAUUCCAUAUGUGUUAUUUCAUAGUUUUGAUGUCUUCACUAUUAUUCUACAAUGUAGAAAAUAGUAAAAAUAAAGAAAAACCCUAGAAUGAGUAGGUGUCCUAAAAUUCUAACUAGUACUGUAUGUAUGGGUGUUGUUUAUGUAUGAGAUGUGUCUGUUUUACAAUGCAUGUUUUAUGUAUGUAUAGUAUCAUUCUGGAAUGUGGAACAUAACAUGUUCAGUUGUGUAAGUCUUCCUUGACUGUGUGAGUAAUUCCUCCUAAAGAGAAUAGCCUGGAGCAGUGAGUGUACAGAUCACAUCCACUGAGAGCAGUAGUGUCACCAGGGUCAGCAGCAACAGUGUCUCCUGUGACAUGGUUGCUGAUCAACUAAUCCCAAACCAAAACAAAUCCCUUCGUCACAACUGGGGGGAAAGUGUUAUCUUACUGUAACAUGAUGAGUUUGGAAAAAAUGUGGAAUUAUAUUGUUUUUCUAUCCUUCCAUCUGUGUUCCCUUUUCCCUUCCUCUGUCCUUUUCUCCCCUCUCUUCGGUUCCCCCUCUCUUUGCCCUCUCUUCCUUGUCCCCCCUCUCUUUUCUUCUCGUUCCCUCCACAGUGAGAGUGUGUUGGAGCUCUGUAUAAUGCCAAAAGAUGAAGACGUGCUGCAGCUGGUAAGUGUGAGUAUGACAAUUCUGCCACACUACACCCUAAUAGAAAUACAUACUCUCUCCUGAAUCAUUGAUUGAUUUACGAAUACUAAUACUACAGAGAGAUAACAUCUUGGAUAUUGUCAUUCUUGUCAUUCCUCCAUUGCUUUGAGUUGAAAUUCUCAAACUCUCAUAAACUAGCUUGACUGUGACUAAUAUGCUUUCUAGUCUGUAGUUAGAUUACAACACACAUUCAUUCAAGCUAUUAUUCAAAGUUCUGUAGACGCGUCACAUGAAAAGCAGCUACCUACAUACUCACACACCCACACACAUUUUGACUCUGUCCAUAAAUUGCUCCACCACUUACUCACAUGACCAGACAUGCAGAGCAGAGCAUGUCACCGCCUCUCCUCUGGACCAGGAGGAGCAACCCAGGGGCACAACACUGACACAACCUCCCAGACCUGGGCGCCCAACCUGGGCUUCUCUCUCACACACAACCCCCUACCCACCAAGCACCCUGUCUGAUUCCCCUUCCCGAAUACUGCCAUCCUUCAACUCCACUACCACUACCCCCACCCCUCCACCCUUCUCUCCUCUCACUCCGCCCCUCACUGCAGCACGUGCAUCAGUUGCAUUCCAAUGGUGACAUCACCAGCACUAGCUACGCCCCCUUCCACCCUCCCACAGGGUAGAGUGAGGGAGAGAGAGAGGGAAGAGGAGAGGGAGUUUGGAAGGGCUUGUCUGAGGACAGCAUACUGAACGAAGCAAGUAGAAAACAAGAAGAAAGUUCGACAGAUAGCUUAAAAAGAACAGCAAGAGUGACAAAAAAGGAGUGAAAAGAACACGGCGAGACAUAACGAGAGAGAGAGAGGGAGAGAGUGGUAAAUCGUAGCAACGGGAGUGGUAGUGUCUGUGGGAAGCAAACAGACUAGUGCAUUGAGGAGUCUUCCCCUCCUCUCCUCUUCCUCUGUGAGUGACUUCAAGCCAGUAUUGAGUCUGAGAGACACUGCCAGACUGCCCUGCUCUCGGAGGUAAAGCCUGAACACCACUGAACACUUUAUCUUUAAGUGUUGCCUUUUGAUAGACAAUUUUUGGGGGGCAAAGAUGUUUGAAGUCUGUAGCUUUGUUGUUUCUUGUUCAGUGUUGUGGCUGUAGCUUCAGGGGCUGAACGAUGCUUUAGAUGUGUGUUGUUGUUGUGGGUGUAUAUUAGAUCAAGCGAGCUAUAGCAGUGGGAUUCUGUGCUUGUUUUGAUAGAUACAGAUUCUGCUCUAAGUCAGUGCUUUGUUGUAGUGGUGUAUUUGGAACAUUGCUGUUGUGUUGUGGCUCUUGCUCAAGGCGUGUGCUGGAGCCAGUAACUAACUAGCUAGCUAGCUGUGUUUGUGUUGGAGGCUGAGUUGGGGCCUAAAGAGUCACUGUGGCUGAGCAGACUGAGGUGGUAGGAGGAUGAACGUUGCUUGCUGUAUAACAUAAUAGUUAACAAGGAGCUUUAGUGGAAUACUGUGCCGGUCAAACCUGUGACUGUCAAAGCAAUGCUAUUGAAUCAUUGACAGAGUCCAUCUACUGAUCCUGCUCCUUCCUCCCCUCUGACCUUUGACCUCUGUUCGUCACCUGAACUCCUCCUGUUUGUGUCUCACCUCUCUCCCUCUAUGUCUUCCCCUACAGGCAUACUCCCAGGAUGCCUACCUGAGGGGCAACGAGCCUUACACAGGGGGAGCCCGGAACCUUCCGGUACCCCCGCCCCUCUGCUACGCUCCCCGCGCCAAGUCCCAGCCUCCCGCCGGUGCCCCGGCCCCCAUGGGCCAGAACCAGCUGGACAACUGGAGCCGCUGGGCAGGCUCCUCCAGCCCUUCGUCCCCCCUGGACAACCGCUCCGCCGUUGGCAGCCCGGCCAGCUGGCAGGAGGGGCGGGGCGGAGAGCCGGGGGGCAUGGGCCACAGUAGCCCCCCCCACAGGACAGAGGAGAUCCAGUACGGUGUGACCGGGCAGCAGCCUACGGGACAGACCAGGGGUCGCUCUUACUCCUCAUCUUCCUCCUCAGGAGGGCCCCUCAGCAGCCCUCUGCAUGUCCACUACGUCAACCACAAUGCUGCCACCGCCACCACCGCCUCCUCUCAGCCACGGAAGGUCAGCCAGGCCUGGGCCAGCCCUCCCCAGCCCAGCCCCAGCCGCAGCCAGCACUGCCAACAGGCCCUGUCUGAGUGGUACUACAGCCAAGCUGCUGAGCAGCGCCAGGGCCGUAGUGGCAGCAUGCACCAACGCCACCGCAGCUACUCUCAGGACAGGCUGUGUGAGACAGGCCCCGGGUGCCACCGCCGGGGUCCGGGUGGCUGGCCCCACAGCGCCUCCCAGGACACCCUGAUGCUACUGCAGCAGUCGGGCCCCGGCCCCCACGGGGACCCCUCUUGGACCUACGGAGACUGGGAGGGGGCCCGGGACCGGAGUCACCCCUCCUACGGCAGCAGAGCCCGGUCAGAGAACCUGCUGGUACAGUACGACCGCUAUGGCCACUCACUGGAGAUGCUGGAGUCGCCCCGUUUUGAGAGGCCCGCCUGGCUGCAGCAGGCCCCACAGCAAGCUCCCAGGACUGAGGCCUACCAGAGGAAGGGGAACCAUUAUGGUGUCGCACCAGCCCCCUCUAUGGGCCGACAAGCACAGCCACACCACAAAAACCACUCCCAACCCCAACCCCACUCACAGUCCCACACACAGCCCCAGCCCCAACAGCCAGCCCCCCAGAGCAGACGUCUGCCUACCGGACAGAGCCUGGACGACCAGCCAGUAGGUUACCGCAGCUACAGCCCCUCCUUCUACCGCAAGACAGGCCGCAUCAUGCAGCAACCCUCCUUCAGGGACCCCUCCUACCUUGGCCCCCACCUCAGCUGGGCCCCCACCCCCAAAACCAGCCCCCCAGAGGGUGUUGUCCCCUCAGUUCCAUCCCCCCUGGCCUCCACCACCCCCGAGCCCCUUGACAGGGCCUACCACCCCACCAACCAUGAGAGGGGGGCAGUGGAAGGGCAGGUGGAGGUGGUAGCUCAGACCCAGGAGGUCAAACUGAGACAGAAACCCCCCACGGGGCGAAGGAGCGCCCACGCCAUGCGCCACCCCCACUACACCCUGCCUGUAGAUGGCACGGAACCCCCUGUGUUCCCCCCUGACCCCCACGACGCUGUCCCCGCCCCUCGCCCCUCAGGAGAGGGUGCCCCGCGCCGUACCAAUGGCAACCUGGCCCCUCUGUCUGUAGAGGAUGACGCAAUGGCCUCCAUUCCCUUUAUAGGUAAGCACCUCCACCACCACACACUCCUCCUCCUCUUCCUCUCCCUACCCCUCCAUGUGACCUGCAGACCCAAUCGCUCCCACUUCCGUUUAAGACACAAACAUUCUCCUCCUGAUUGA